CUCUAAUCGCGACUAUUCAACAGGUGAACAACAAGAGUUUCCAAUAAAGUUGUUGCGUUUGUUUAUGUUUUAAAUUUUGGAAAAAGUGCGUGAUAGGUGUUGUUUAUAGUGAUUGCCAAAGUGAUAGCUGAAUGAAAGUGAUUGGAUCAGUGGAUUGGAUACCAUUUGAUUGCAAGAGCAUUUAAAGUAUAGUUACUUCAGUAAUUAGCCUGAUAAAAACAGGUCAAAGUCUCACCGAUGCCAAAGAGAUUAAGUGGAUCUGAAAGGGAAAUCUCAAUCAAAGCAACCAUUUUAGUCCUAUGAACCGCCUUAUCCUCAAAGCCAUAGAAGUCUGCACAAAGAGUUGGCCUGGCCGAAAACCGCAAUCACCAAAGACAGGAGGCCACGGGGACGAGGAAAGUGGCACCGUAGACAAAGUGUAUCAAUUAUAAUACGGGCACAAGGCGAAGGAUCCACAACCGGGGGCUAGAGGAGGGGAAGCCCUGGAGCCUGGAGCCAGGAGCUAGGAAACAGGAUCCAGGAGAAGGAGUUAACACAGUGAGAAAAAGAGUCCUUCCAAUUUGUGUUUCUACAAGGCAACCACACAGCACACUGAGCCAUGUUGGCAACGACAAGUACAACCACAAUUACCUCGGAUCCGGGCAUUCUCUGUUUUCAUCACUGCAACGUGAAAGUUUUCUGCUUCACUUUGCCGCACUCUUGUCCCCAUUGCAAUGCCCCACUGGACGCGGAUGCGGAUGGGGAUGCGGAUACGAAUGCGGAUGCGGAUCCAAAUGCGGAACUAGACACGAGUGGGCAACGCCUCCUGCCCUUUCGCCUGCCAUAUCCCUUUGUGCGGGCCACACAGUAUCCAUGCGCCAUUGUCCUGCGUCCCUCCACCGGCGAUUUCCUCAACGAUUACAACAACGCCACCGAUUUGCAUAUCGCGGUGACCACAUCCGGCGGCGACAUCGUGGAGUUCGAUCGGUUCGGCCUGCGCCGCCAUCGGCGGGACGAUAAUCCGCCGGAGUGGCGGCAAUCGCUGAUGGUGGGCGAUGUGCCGGAGCCGUGGCACGACUUUUGGGACGAGGUCCUGCAGCAGAUUUGCGCCCAAUCGGUUCGGUGGUCCAUCGCCAGCUACGCGGAGGAGAGUCACAACUGCUACGCCUUCGUCCUGGCCUUCCUGCAGGCCCUGGGCCACGCCCACCUGAGCGAGGCGGCCCGGAGCAAGACCGCCUUCUGUGAGCAGUGCAUUGUUCCAAGGACGAGGACGGCGGGAAAGUAUAUCUCACUGUAUCGGAAAAUCCGCCGAAGUGGAAUCUACGUCCAUCGGCAGCAGCCUAAAAAUCUCAGUAAGCCAGCAUCGGCAGCUCCUUCAUGUUCCUAUUCCUCGGAUGUCUGUGAUGCUGUUGGCAGCAGUAAAAAGUUCUCAAAAAAAGGAUACUCAAGCAGCAGUAUUGCCGGAGUUGCAUCCCGCCCACGGCCCACUCUCUGCACCAUCGAAGAAUGAUUAAAUCGAUGAGGACAAUUAGGGGUGGCACAUUCACUGACAAACUUAAUCUCAUUGUAGUAAAAUUAAAAAUACUUGACGAUAAAUAAAAUGUCAAAUAAUG